CGGUAACAAACCUCUAUAUAAUCUUCAAAUUUCUUCAAUUCCUCCGGCAACAUCCAACCAUCGGAGAAAAGAAAAAUGGGUGUUUAUAAUUACAAAGUGUGGUUGUUCAUGGCGGUGUUAGUGGCGGCGCAUUUCAACGAGGCAGUGGCGGUGCUAACCGCGGCGGAGUGCAAAGAAGAGAGGAGAAUUGGUGUAAACGCGUGUAAGUCGGUGAUAUUCGGAAGGAUGCCGUCGCCGGAAUGUUGUCUUCGAGUUAGAAUCAGCCACGUGGAAUGCGUUUGUCCAAUUGUUACGCCGAAACUCGCCGCCUUAGUUGAUGUUAAUAAAGCGGUUAGGCUUAUUGAAGGUUGUGGUCGUAGGGUACCCCAUCAUUUUAAAUGUGGAAGUAUUACUACUCCAUGAAAGAUGAAAAUGGCUGACAAAGAUGGUGUCUUUAAUUAUAUAUAAAUAAAUAAAUUAUAAUCAGUUUUUGUUAUGUUCGAAUCGAUUUUUAAUAUUUAAACUUUGGUGUUAGAGUUUGUCAAUUCGAUUUGAUCGUUGAGACUUUAAUCAUAAUACAUUAAUAAUAUGUUUUUGUAUGUCUA